ACUCACAUGUGGACAGGACUUUAACAGCAGUAACGGGAACGUGCUUGUGCGUGUGUGUUGUGAUACAACCUCAGACUGGCGAAGCGCGUAAUGAACCCCAUUAUUUGCUUUACUUACAGUAAAACGGGACACCUGCUUGUCGGCGGCUCGCGCGUGUUUCCGCUGUAGAACGCUCCUCCACGCGCGACAAAUGAUAGGAUGGAAAAUCUCGAGCUGAGCCUGUCAUCUUUGGGCACCAUAUCCAGACAUAUUGACAAAAGUCACAACAAGUUCAGCCAGUAUCUGUCAAAACAGAUAUGGAGCCAGCAGGACAGGCUCUGUAUUCUGGAGUGCUUGGCUCAGCUGCUGCUGGAGAAGGAUUACACCUUGCUCAUUGCACGACACCUGCGUCCGCUGAUCCUGGACCUGCUGGAGAGGAACGCAGAGAGGGUCAGAUUUGGUGGCCGCAUCAACCAUGACCUCCACGAGCGCUUGUGUGUGGCCCUCAGCAAACUCCUCAACAUCAGUCCAGAUGCACAGGCGUUUGCCGCUAAGUACUUCAACAGUGCUCCCCCAGUGUUUCAGAGGCUCUUUUUCACGAGUGAAGAGUCCUCAGCUGUUCACUAUGGCCCGAGGAGGAUGAAGAUGCGCGACCUCAUGGGCGCCACCCUCCGCUUCCUCCAGAGUGAUUGUGCCAAGUUUCGAAUGCUCUGGGACUGGAGUCCCUGUGUGUCCCAGCUGCUCACCAGUGACAUCAUGGUUCGAGGGUACACAGCCCAUUGUUUAGCACUGGUCUCUCACAUGACUGAUAACCAGAAAACCAUCUUUUUGAGAAAGGUGCUAUCGAACGAGGAGAUCCUGCACAUGAAAAUUAAAGCGUUGGAAGAAACUCAGCAGCUGGAGGUAGAAAAGGCUCUGGUUCUAGCCAAUCAGGGCUCAGUGAUGUGGCGCCAGGAGAAAGCAAAUAAAUAUACCAGGGGUCAGGUGGUAUCUGAGGACCUUUCCCUGAAUGUUGUAGCAGUGUGUGGUGUUGUACUUCCCAGGAUGGUUCCUAGACAAGCUGAGCAGGUGAACCAAAAGGAUCUGGUGCUGGUGGAUUCAACCUGUCGCAACCUGCGACGACUGGCACUGGCUGUAGCUUCCCAGAAGCCCGUGCUCCUCGAGGGCCCCAUCGGAUGUGGUAAAACUGCCUUGGUAGAGUUCAUGGCCGCCAUCACAGGACACACAAAAGCUACAGAGAUUCUCAAGGUCCAGCUCGGGGACCAAACUGACAGCAAGAUGCUGCUGGGGAUGUAUCGUUGCACUGACAUUCCCGGGAAGUUUGUGUGGCAGCCAGGAACACUGACACAAGCUGUUUCCAAAGGCCACUGGAUCCUCCUAGAAGACAUCGACCAUGCACCUCUUGAUGUGAUCUCUGUGCUUCUGCCUUUGAUGGAGAAUAAAAAGCUGAUGAUCCCAGGAAGGGAGGAUUGCAUCGAUGUUGCGCCUGGAUUUCAGUUCUUUGCAACAAGAAGGAUAUACUGCAGUGGUGGCAGCUGGCACAAGCCACAGAACUCUCAUGCAGCGCUGCUGGACAAGUACUGGACCAAGCUGCAAAUGGGCAACAUGACAAGAGAAGAGCUGAAGAAGGUGCUCAUCAGCAGGUAUCCUGGGCUGACCAUGGUGGCAGAUCGUCUCCUGGAUAUCUACUGUCAGCUGACUGGUGAGAGACACACCGAGUCCGACACGAACAGCCUCCAAACCCUGACGCCCAGCGACGAGACCCAGCAGCAUAAGACUGAGAGCAAAAGCACACAGCUGGAGGGGAGAGCUCUGUCACUGAGGGACCUACUGAAAUGGUGUGAGCGGAUCAGUGUCAACUUUGACAGCACCUCCUCUGCCACAGCACAACAUGUCUUCCAAGAGGCUCUUGACUGCUUCACAGCCAUGUUGUCUCGUCCUGAAAGUCGACUUCAAAUGGCUGAGGCCAUCGGAAGCAAACUCAACAUCUCCAAAGAAAAGGCCCAGCACUUCUGCCAGUUGUAUCAACCUGGCAUCUCGCUGACUGAGCUGCAGGUCUCGGUGGGCAGAGUAACUCUGGAUCGAAAGCAGACUGAAGCUGUGCAGCUGAAUUUGGACAACCAGACAUUUGCUGCCACUCGACCCUCUGCUGUGCUGCUGGAACAGCUGGCGGUGUGCAUGUCCAAAGGUGAACCUGUACUUCUGGUUGGAGAGACAGGAACUGGAAAGACCUCCACUGUCCAGCACCUGGCCAGAGUCACAGGACACAGGUUGCGGGUUGUGAACAUGAACCAGCAGAGCGACACAGCUGACCUGCUGGGAGGGUACAAACCAGUAGACCACAAGCAGCUCCUGCUUCCUCUGCGUGAAGCCUUUGAGGACCUGUUCUCCCAGACCUACUCGAGGAAGCAGAACCUGACCUUCCUGGGUCACGUUCAGACCUGCUUCAGGGGCAAGCGCUGGCAGGAUCUGCUCAAACUCAUGGACCACGUCUGCAAGUCCGCUCUCACCAGCGAGCUGCAGGAGAAAUCCAAUGCUUCUCUGCUGCAGGAGCAGUGGGAGGCGCUGGCUGCAAAACUCAGUCAGACGCAGCAGCAGAUCCGAGCCUGUGAGGCGGCCAUGGUCUUUGCCUUUGUGGAGGGAACACUGGCUCAGGCUGUGAAGAAGGGACACUGGGUCCUGCUGGAUGAAAUCAAUCUGGCAGCAGCAGAGACUUUGGAGUGUCUGAGUGGACUCUUAGAGGGCAGCGCUGGAUCUCUGGUGCUGUUGGACCGUGGAGACACUGAACCCCUGGUUCGCCACCCAGACUUCAGACUCUUUGCCUGCAUGAACCCAGCUACUGACGUGGGGAAGAGGAACCUGCCCCUGGGGCUCAGGAACAGGUUCACUGAGCUGUAUGUGGAUGAGCUGGAGAACGAGGGUGACCUACGCAUUCUGGUUUCAGACUACCUCAAACACCUGAACCCACACAGAACUGUCAUCAGUGGCAUCAUAAGUUUUUACUUGGCAGUACGAAAGGAGGCCAACUUACACCUGGUGGACGGGACAGGACAUAGACCACACUACAGCCUGCGCACUCUGUGCAGGGCUCUGAAGUAUGUGGCAGUAAACCCAUGCAAGAGUGUACAACGCUCACUCUACGAGGGUUUCUGCCUGAGCUUCUUGACUCAGCUGGACAGAAGCUCUCACCCACUGGUCCAGAAACUGGUGUGUCAGCACAUCCUGAUGGGAAACACAAAGUGUCUCAAACAACCGAUCCCAGCACCUGCGGGCCAGCGCUGUGUGGAUGUGGAGGGCUACUGGGUGUCCCAGGGUGAUAUAGAACCAGCCGUGAACCCCAGCUACAUCCUCACCCCCUCAGUCAAGCUCAACCUCCGAGACCUCGCCAGAGUCGUAUCUACAGGGACUCACCCAGUGCUGAUCCAGGGAGAGACAUCCGUGGGGAAGACCAGCCUGAUUUGCUGGCUGGCUACAGCCACGGGAAACCAGUGUGUGAGAAUCAAUAACCACGAGCACACCGACAUCCAGGAGUACAUAGGCUGCUACUCAUCAGACAACAGCGGCAAGCUGGUGUUCAAAGAGGGCGUUCUGAUCGACGCCAUGAGGAAAGGCUACUGGAUCAUCCUGGACGAGCUGAACCUCGCGCCUACCGAUGUCCUGGAGGCUCUCAACAGACUGCUCGAUGACAACAGGGAGCUGUUUGUGGCCGAGACACAGGAAGUCAUCAAGGCUCAUCCUAGAUUCAAGCUGUUUGCUACUCAGAAUCCCCCCGGUCUCUAUGGUGGCAGAAAGGUUCUCUCCAGGGCUUUCAGGAACCGCUUCGUUGAGCUGCACUUUGAUGAGCUGCCCAGUGGAGAACUGGAGACCAUCCUCAACCAGAGGUGUCACCUGCCGCCAUCUUACUGCACCAAGCUGGUCAAGGUCAUGCAAGACCUUCAGUCUUUACGCAGAGGAUCCUCCGUGUUUGCGGGGAAACAUGGCUUCAUCACCCUCAGAGACCUGUUCCGCUGGGCAGACCGGUACAGGCUGGAGGAACAGUCGCAGGAAUCUCAGGACUGGCUACAGCAUUUGGCUGAUGAUGGUUACAUGCUGCUGGCAGGGCGUGUCAGGAAGCCGGAGGAAGAGGCCAUCAUUUUGUCCAUCCUGGAGAAGCACUUCAAGCGGAUAGUUACUCCUGAAAACCUGUUCUCUCAGAAACAGGUGACCAGCCAAUUCAGUCCCUUCAUCGACAGCAUUGCUGGAGUUCCAGAGGAGUUCCGGCAUGUGGUGUGGACACACGGCAUGAGGAGACUGGCUGUGCUGGUGGGACGGGCUCUUCGAUUCAAUGAGUCUGUCCUGCUUGUAGGAGAUACUGGAUGUGGAAAGACGACGAUCUGCCAGCUGUUUGCUGCUUUGACCGGACAGAAGUUUUUUUCAGUCAACUGUCACCUGCACAUGGAGACGUCUGACUUCCUGGGAGGCCUGCGACCCGUCAGACACACACAUCAGGCGGAUGGUGAAGAUGGCAGACUGUUUCAGUGGCAUGAUGGUCCCUUGGUGCUGGCCAUGAAGGAGGGUGGAGUGUUCCUCAUGGAUGAGAUCUCCUUGGCAGAUGACUCUGUACUCGAAAGACUCAACAGUGUUCUAGAGACAGAGAAGUCCCUGGUGUUGGCAGAGAAGGGCAGUGGGGACAAUGACGACGUGGAGCUGAUCAGAGCAGAUUCAGGUUUCCGCCUGGUCGCCACCAUGAAUCCUGGAGGAGACUUUGGCAAGAAGGAGCUCUCUCCUGCCCUCAGAAACCGCUUCACAGAGAUCUGGUGUCCUCAGAGCAACAGUCGAAGUGAUCUGGUUCACAUCGUCCAACAUAACUUGCGCUCUGGCCUCUCACUCGAUGGCUGCGAUAUCGCAGAGCUGAUGUUGGACUUCAUUGAGUGGCUGACCCAGCAGGACUUCGGCCGGCGCUGCAUCCUGAGUGUCCGAGACAUCCUGUCGUGGGUCAACUUCCUCAACACUGUGUGCGAGCGGGACGAGGACGGCUUCAUGACCAUGGGAGCCAUGGAAGAUGAAGAAGAAGCAGAGUGGGACCUCAGACUGGACACCGUCACCGCCUUCAUUCACGCCGCGUGUCUGGUCUACGUAGAUGGCAUUGGCUCUGGAACCACAGUGUCCAGUGCAGACAACGCCCUCCUGGCUCGCCGGCUGUGCCUGAGCUUCCUUCAACAGCGGCUGAGUAAGAUGACCAAGCUGGACCAAGAGAUGAUGGACGCCCUGAGAGUCUAUGACAGCAGCCUGCCACGGAAACCCCAGUGGGGCGAAGACUUCUUUGGCAUUGACCCCUUCUACAUUGCUUUGGGGCCCCAGACUGAGAGCCGCAACCUGUCAGAUUAUGCCAUUGCAGCGGGCACCACAGCAAUGAAUGCCCAGAGGCUGCUGAGGGCCCUGAAGCUGCAGAGGCCCGUGCUGCUGGAGGGAGCUCCUGGUGUGGGGAAGACCAGCCUGGUGGCAGCACUGGCAAAGGCAUCUGGGAACUAUCUAGUCCGCAUCAACCUGUCGGAGCAGACGGAUGUUACUGACUUGUUUGGGACUGACCUUCCAGUGGAGGGAGGGAAAGGAGGAGAGUUUGCGUGGCGUGAUGGUCCACUGUUGGCUGCUUUAAAAGCGGGACACUGGGUUGUCCUGGAUGAGCUGAAUUUGGCCUCUCAGUCGGUGCUGGAGGGUCUGAAUGCCUGUUUCGAUCACAGAGCAGAGAUUUAUAUUCCCGAGCUGGGCAUGAGCUUCCAGGUCCAGCAUGAGAAGACCAAGAUCUUUGGCUGCCAAAACCCCUUCACUCAAGGUGGCGGGCGUAAGGGACUGCCCAAAUCCUUCCUCAACAGAUUCACACAGGUUUUUGUUGAUCAACUCACCUGCAAAGACAUGGAGUUCAUAGCAGGCUCCAUAUUCCCUGACAUUGACAAGGAAAUCAUUGCCAAAAUGGUGGAUUUCAGUAACAGGCUCGUCCAGGAGGUGACCGUGGAACGGCAGUGGGGUCAGAAAGGAAGCCCCUGGGAGUUCAACCUGCGCGAUAUGUUCCGCUGGUGUCAGCUGAUGCAGGCCGACCAGUCGCCAGGGUUUUUCAGUCCUGGUCAGCAUGUAGCUCUGGUGUAUGCUGACAGGAUGCGAACAGAAGCUGAUAAGGCUCAGGUACUCUCUGUGUUCCGGAAGGUAUUUGGGGAGGACUUUGAGCCUUACAGCGGCUCCAGACAGUUCCACAUCACUCCACUCAACCUGCAGGUGGGCUUUUCAGUCCUGCAGCGCAGUGGCGGAGCCCCGGUGGCCCUGGACCCCCCACUGUCCAUCACCCACCAGGCCCUGCGACCGCUGGAGUCCCUGAUGAAGUGUGUGGAGAUGGGAUGGAUGACAAUACUAGUCGGCCCCACUGCCAGCGGAAAGACCAGCCUGGUGAGAUUACUGACUCUGUUGACAGGACACCGCCUCAGAGUUAUGGCCAUGAACAGUGCCAUGGACACCACUGAGCUGCUGGGAGGCUUUGAACAGGUGGAUAUCAUGCGGCCAUGGCAGCAAGUGCUGGAAAGCGUGGACUACAUAGUUGCCAUGGUAAUAAGACGUGGCCUCAUGUCACUGGACGUUGGCAUCCAGGACACAGAGUUCCUGCUGCAGACGUGGGGCCUGUUCUGCCACUGGCUGAAGGAUAAAGAGAUGCAGAAAACUGGGGGAACAGUCGACUCUGAGGCUCUGAACAAGCUGGAAGUCAUCAUCCUGCUCCUGCAGAAGCUCAACACCAAGCUCAAAGUCUUCACUGACAUGUCCAAGCUGCAGAUGGACUUCACGCUGCUGAAGGAGCGACUGGCUCAGCUGGAGGAUGGCUGGACAAACGGAGGCUUUGAGUGGUUAGACGGCAUGCUGGUCCAGGCCCUGCAGGCCGGCGAUUGGCUGCUCAUGGACAACGUUAACUUCUGCAGUGCCUCUGUCCUGGAUCGACUCAAUGCCCUGCUGGAGCCUGGUGGAUCCCUCACCAUCAAUGAACGUGGUGUCAUAGAUGGGAAAACGCCCCAAAUCACCCCACACCCUAACUUCAGGUUGUUCCUGACCAUGGACCCAGUGCAUGGGGAGCUCUCCAGAGCCAUGAGGAACAGAGGGGUGGAGGUUUACAUCCCAGGGGAACAUGAGGGCGUCUGCUGGGACAAGUUGGACCUGAAGACCCUGCUCCACACUGCCGGAGUGCCUGGAGACUGUGUGUGUGAUCUGCUGAUUGAAAUACAUAAAGGCAUCAAAUCUGCCAUCUGGGAUUCCCCGGCCUCAUCAGUGGCCUCACUCCUCCAUGCUGGCACUCUGUUGUCCUGUCAGCUGCACAGAGGUGUGGAUUUACCCAGCGCCCUGCAGCACGCCUGUGGAGAGGCAUACUCCCUGUGCCAGCGCACCACUGCCAGCCAAAAGCAAGCCCAGCAUGUGAUUGAGCAGCACCUGGCCAUCCUUGACACAGAGGACUGGGGCAGCGGGCUGCUGUGUGCUGGGGUUUGGCCCGACGGUUUCCCCUCCGCUCUCCUCUCCACAGAAGAUUCCUGCUUCUCUGCCAUUCUGCGAGAUGGACAGGUCCUGUCUUUUUGCCUGAACACCCUCAGCCUGCAGGGCAAACGGAAUCGUCCACUGAGUCUGAGUGACCUGCAGAGGGCGUUGCAGAGCAGUGGCGUCAACGAAGGCCUGGUGUUCUCUGAGGGUGUUGUGGACCUGGAGGAAGGAGACACUCUGAAGCUGAUCCCCACAGCAGUGAGAUUUGUCACAGAGAGAGCGUCUCACGGAGACUGGUUCCUCCGCAGCAGCUGGCUCUCCCACCUGGCAAAGAGCUACAAAUACACUCCUGAUUCAGCUCUGGUUCAGGUGGAAGCAGGAAACCGGGCUCUGAAGGCUGUGUUUGGCAGCAAACUUGCCGCUAAGGGCAAGUCACUGGCAGAGCUGCUGCAGCCUCACAGCACAGAUGAAUACAGGAUUCUGGUGGACAUGCGCUGGAACAAACAAUAUCUGGAUAUUUUAGCCAAUAAAUGUAACUUUGAGGACGAGGAAAGAUACAUGGAAUUCCUGGAGGCACUGAACACAGUUGCCAACAGGAUUGUUCUGAUGAUGGACAGAGAGGAAAGGUCUGUCAUUUGCUCUUGUGCCAUCAACCUGUCUGCUCAGAACUGUGCUCUGAGGAUCGCCACAGCCUUCAGCAAAGGUACUGUUGAUAUUGGUCACCUGCCUCAUCCAGUGCUGAUGCACCUGCAGUCUUUCUUUGACCUGUGGAGCUCCUUCACCCUGCAGGCUGUGCAGAGUGGGCAGAACUACAUCUCUGACCACAUCAUGUUUGAGAUGCUGCAGCUGCUUCAGUGGCUGGAUCGCUUCUGGGACGUGUGCAGCACGCUGCCGGCUGACUCUCAGGGAAUCUCCAUCCUGUCCCUGCACUGGCAGUGGGUGCAGAAGCACCUCAUCCUGCGGCUGCCGCAGCUGCUGCUGGGCGACACUGACGCAGCAUUCGAAGGUCUCCAGGAGCUGCAGGUGGUCUCUGCAGCCAUCCAGACUGUUCUGUCCACCCCAGUGUCUGUGGCCACAGCUCUGAAAGGCAUUCAAAAAACUCUGGGGAAAGCGCUCCCAUUCAAGCUGGAGUCAGUGGGUAAGUGUGCGUCUCGGCUGCGGCUCCUGAGCAAAGUCCUCGAGGUGAGCGAUCUGAGGCUGGACGGCACCACUGGGGUUUGGAGGCAGGAGCUGGUCCGACUUCAGGGUGCUGCCCUCAGGCUGGACAUCAAAGAGAGUCUGCUGGAAGCCUGCGGCCUUGUCCUGCUUGCCAACAACCAGCUGGAUCCACAAAAGUCUGGAGUGCUGGAGCGGUUGGUGUUGUGUGUGGAGCAGCAGCAGUUUCGCAUGACCUCCACUGGUCUCUUGGAGCGUUGCUCCAUGUCUGAGGGUGAGGAGCCAGCAGACGGUGUCCAUCUGGCCCGAGAGGAGCUGCAGCAGCUCAGCCGCAGAGUCCAGCUCUGGCCCCUGAUGGAGGGACUGGCUGUACUCAACCAGCUGCGACUCAGCACCGACCUGCUGCACCUGGCCCUCUCACCGAGUGAUCAGGAGGCAGAGGACAGCUUGCGUCGGGAACUCUCCAGGCAUCUUCGUUACUGCCUUCAGUCCACACCAAUGAAUGUCAGUCAGCUGCAGCCACUCUGGUUCCUGCUCAGCAGUGACAGGCCGGCUGAAGAGCUGCAGUUUGUGUGGUCUGAGCUCCUGUCAGAGGCUCUGGCUGCCUUGUGGACCAGCUACGUGACCUCAGACCCAGACCGCUGGCUGAAGUGGGACCCACUGAAUCCAGAGAGACAGCUGGGUCCAAAGCUGCCGCACGGAGCAGAUAAUAUGGGUCCAGCCUUGCUGAGUAAAGCAGUGUGGUCGCAUUGCAUGCUGGGAGUGCUCAUGAACAGCGAUAUUGGACAGCAGUGGGAGCCAUCAGCUGCCACUUUGCUCUCCCUCUCCCACGUCACCCUGGGGGAGUGGAAGGAGAGGAUCCAGCAGCUGCAGGAUGUUUCUGCAGUGUUGUGGGACAAUAUGGCCAUCCCGGCACUUGCCGAGUUCAGGGGCACAGACUUCAGACUGCAGGGUGCGGUCCUGCGUCGCCAGCUUCAGAGCAUGGCCGACCUGCUGCCUCUCAGCCUGCAGGAGGGCUACAUGGAGAGCUGUGAGAGCCUGGUGGAGGAUCCAGACCCCCUGAUAGCUGCCCAGGAGAUCCAGACGGUCUUCAGAGACUUCCUCCCCCCCAAUCUGCUUCCGGACAGCCUGGUGGAGUCCUGCCUCACCUGCCUGCAGCAGUAUGUUCAAAGCAAGGUGCAAGGCUCCAAUUCGCUGGCCCGGUCCGGGGUCUUCUGGGUCAACAUGGGCUUGCUGCAGAUCAAAGUGUGGACGCCGCAGACCAUCUUUGACCCUGCUGUGAAGAGGGCCUACAAACUCAACUACGCUCAGCAGGAGCUGGCUCUGCUGCAGGAGGAGUGGAAAGGUCGCAGCCUGUCGUCUCAGCUGAUGACUGGAGCAGAGCUGGAAGAGAGUAGCACCACCGAUGGAUUCCAACAUCCGCGAAUCAGGUACCUGUGGAUCCGUAUGCAGCAGGUGAAGGAGCAGAUAGCCGAGCUCUCCAGGAAGCAGGCGUGUCGCCCUCAUGAACCCCAGUACGGUCGACUCUUCCAGGACCUUCAGCACUACCUCUGCAGCAUCGGCCAGGCAUCUCGAAUCCAAGACCUGCUGUCCCACCUGCUCAAGGUGCUGCAGGGCUCCUCCUCCAAGUCCAGGUCAUUUGUUCAGAGUCUACUAAAGGAGGAGGCGGUGUGGCAGAGCUCGCAGCAGCGCUUCUCCCAGAGGUUGCUGGAGGAUUAUCCCCUGUAUCCUGAUGUGGUCGGGCCAGUGCGGACUGGCAUCCUCCAGCUGCGGCACGGCAUGAGGCUGGUAGCCUCACAGGUGGCCGCCUCGCUCACGCCUGUAUCAGGACUGCACAAGCUGGUGUCCUGCCUGCUGGCCUUCCCCUCCGUGUCCUCCAGCCUGCCAUCUUCCCUGGCCCGCGCAGACUUCCUGUGCUCCACGGAGUGUAUGGACGUUCUCCGCUGCCUGGUGAAGCUUUUGCCCCAGCAGGCCCCCGAACAUGUCCUCCCACAGCCCUCCAUUCUUCUUCUGAAUGCUCUGUCGCACAUACAGUGCCACACUCUGUCCACAGGAGAGUUCAGUAACGAGGCACGGAACCUCUUCAGACACAUAUGCCGGGCUCUGGUGAAUGAGUGGGACGAGCAGGAGAGACGGAGGAGAGAACAAGAGCAGCUGGAGGCCAGUCUGUACCGCAGCCGCUCUCAACUGCACGGCUCGGGCCUAACUGAGGACGAGCAGGAGGAGAGAGACUUCAGACGCCAGUUCCCUCAGUUCAACAAGGACUUUGCUGACAUCACGUCUCAGCCGAGUCUGGAGGGUCCAGCAGACUCUGGGUUGGAGGAGGAGGAGAAAGCAGCUCAGCAUGGGUCCACUGAGAGCAGCUUCCUGUCUCCAAAUGCCAUGAACACGUUGGUCCUGGUGCAUCAUCGCCUGUGUUUGGGGUACGCCCGAUCACUGUGGUAUCAGGGCACAGUGACAGCCAAUCAUAGCAAAGAAUCCAUCAAAGCCCUGGUCUCGUCCUAUCAGAUCGCUGCCCCUGUGAUGUCACACUUCUAUCAUCUGAUUGAUGCUGAAGUGGACCAGCAGCUGACAGGCAGUGAACUGCUGCUCUCUGCCCUCCUGCAGAACACGGUGCAGGGCUCAGGAGGUCCUGACGCUCUGCUCGUCACCUCAGAGGGACCAUAUGACUUCUAUCAGCAGCACAACAUGAGCGAGGCCUGCCACUGCCUCCCCGUUCUGGAGCAGCUGAGUGCAGCAGUGAAGCAGAGACUCAGCGACUGGCCCGAACAUCCAGCACUCGUACAGCUGACUGUGGUGAUAGAGAGGAUCAGAUCUUUCAGUUUGGCCAGUCCACUUGCCAAGUUCCUAAAUGGUCUGGAGAUUCUGCUCAGUAAAGCACAGGACUGGGAGAAUAACGCCAGUCGCUCAGUCUCUCUGCGGAAUGAACUGGAACCAGUCACCCAGCUCAUUAUCCAGUGGCGCAAACUGGAGCUGAAUUGUUGGUCGAGCAGUCUGGACAACGCAAUGAAGCGGCACUCUGAGAAAUCAACCCAACACUGGUUCUCCAUCUACCAACUGGUAGAGAGGUACCUGGAGGAGCAGAGCAUGGAGGCGAACACAGGUGAUGAGAGGGAGCGUCUCUCUCUGUCCUCCGUGUCCUCCACUCUCCAGGCCUUCAUUGAAGGCUCUAGCCUGGGCGAGUUCCACACCCGCCUGGCCAUGCUGCUCAGCUUCCACUGUCACCUCCUCCUGGUCCCCAACCAGCCUGGACAAGAGUCUUUGUCCAGUCUUCUGUGGAACCUGCACAAAUACUACAGUCAGUUCUCUGAUUGCAUCCACACCAAAAUCAGUCAACUCAGGCAGCCCAUUGAGAAGGAGCUGAAGGACUUUGUUAAGAUCUCCAAGUGGAAUGAUGUCAGUUUCUGGUCCAUCAAACAGUCUGUGGAGAAGACACAUCGAACCCUCUUCAAGUUUAUUAAGAAGUUUGGGGAGGCUCUGAGUGGCCCCAGUGUUCCCGCUCUAGUGGAACAAGGAAGCAACACAAGCUUCGACAGUGUUGACGUCAACGCAGAAGAAACACCCAUCCAUCGUGUUCACCAGGCUCUGAAGAGCAACCUGCCUGGUAAAGGCAGAGAUCUACAGAAUGAGUGUCCAGAGGACGGAGUCGAAGCGUCUUCUCUACAGAGACGCCUCCCUGCUCUCACCAGAAAGAUGAAGAAAAUAUGUGUCCAGCAUGUGAAGAAGAACCCAGUGCCUGAGCUGGCUGAAGACCUGGACUACUUCACAGGCGAGGUGAUCAGCAACCUGCGAGACCUCCAGAGCCUCAACAUCGACAUGUCGGCAGAGAAAGAGAAACAAAAGGCCGAGAUCAAGCACAUCCUGCAGCAGAAGCAGAGAGCUCUGUCUGACCUGUUCAAGAUGCUCGCAGAGAUCGGUCUGUCGUACCGCAAAGGCCUGAUGUGGAACAGGACCGAUGACCCAGAGAAAACCCUCUGUAUGCAGCCGCUGGAGAUGAGCACAACUAUCUCUGUGGUCAGCAGCCAGGAGCAGGCUGAGAGCACGUUGUUCACAGAGCUGUUGGCAGCGUGGGAUGGAUGUCAGAAGUAUUUCUAUCGCUCCUGGGCAAGAAAAACAACUCUGCUAAUGGCUCUGCAGCACCCUGCAAAGGAGCUGGGUUUGGGAAACAUCGAGCGCUGCAGAGGCUUCUCCUCUCAUCUGUUCAAGAUGUUGCUCAGACAGAGGCGACGACUGGCCACGCUCACUGAGCAGUGGGUCCAUCUCAGGAGGCUGACUAACAGCUUACAGGACAUUAAAGACCACCUCCAGAGCCAGAGUAAGGACCCAGGCUGUUGCCUCCCGCCCCAGGCUUCUCUGCGGGGCUGGGUGAGCAGAGGCCAGACUCUGGCUGCCCAGUGCUCCACCAUCCUGCAGCAGCUGACCUGGCUGCUGCAGUGCUGCCCCAAGGACCUGCAGGAGGAGGAGGAGAAGGAGGAGACGAGCAGCCGCAGACAGCACACCCUGAGGUGCCCGUCCCCGCUGGCUGCGCACCGACAGCCUCCCGGCUGUCUGAUGAGGAGAGGAGACGCCACCUGGUGUCAGCUGCAACAGCGUGUUACUUCAAUGCUGCAGCAGAGCGAGAGUCUGAAGGUGGAGCUGGACAGUGUGGCCCAGCAGAGCUCUGACAGAGCGCUGCACACAUGGAACAAUUUUGUCACCUGCUGUUCAAGCUUCGACCAGCUGGGGGCAGUAGCCGCUCAGAUGCCCAGUGUGGAGCAGUUCUUUGUCCCGGCAGUGUGUGUCGGGAGCGCCGACAGUCAGCCGACCAUCGUCCAGAGCCUGCAGUAUGUCAGAGGUCAAGUGGAGAGCGACAUCACCGAUUUCACCACCUGGAAAACGCAGCUGCUCUCACUGGGACACCAGCAAACAGGAACAGAUCCCCAGUCUGCCUUCUGCACGGACUUCUCUGCUGAGCUGGAGACAGACAUCAACACAGUGCUGUGUGCGGUCCAGACUCUGGUGAAGAGGAGAGAGAAACAACAACAAGAGCAGCAGCAGCAGCAGCAGCAGCCUGGAGCUGCUGUGGAGGACGAGGCUGUGGAGGACCUGCUGAAGCCCGGUCACCUGGCUCGCCUCAUGGAGGAGGAGCUUGAAGCAGAGGUGGAGGCUCUGAGCGUGGGAGAUGUUGGUGUGAGGCUGGAGAGGAUGCUCAGCAGCCUGAGGACACACAGAGACUCCUGUCAACAGCCACAACUUCAGGAGGUGAACAAGGCGUGCAGCAUGCUGGUGCGUCUGGAGCCUCUGCUGGGGAUUUACUCCGACCUGGUGCGUUACUACGUGGCCGUGUCAGUGGCAGCACACAGAAGCACGGGCAAACUGCUCUCUGUGCUGUCCGGCAUCUUCACUGAGCUCGCCCAGAAGGGUUUCUGUUUACCUCAGGAGCUCAUGGCUGGUGGAGACGGAGAAGGUGCCACGGAGUUUCACGACUACGAGGGCGGAGGUAUGGGAGAGGGCGAGGGCGUCAAAGACGUCAGCGACAAGAUUGAGAAUGAAGACCAGGUGGAGGACACACUUCAGGAGGGACAGGAAAAGGAAGAGCAGCAGGAGGACAAAGGGAACAUCAAGUCAGAAGACAACGCCAUUGAAAUGUCGGAGGACUUUGACGGCCAGAUGCAUGAUGGGGAUGAGAAGGAACCAGGUGAAGAUGAAGAUUCUGAAAAAGAGAAUGAGGAGGAGGAGCUGGACAAGAAGAUGGGCGACCUGGGUGAAGGCCAGACCAACACUCUGGAUGAGAGAAUGUGGGGAGAUGAGGAUGAUAAUGAUGAUCAAGAGGGGGAAGGAAGCGACAAGGAGGAGGAGUCUGGGCAGGGAAUGGACCAGGGUGAAUCAGAGCUGGUGGCCAAAGACGACAACCUGGAAUCUGCAGACCCAAACAAAGACAAGAAGAACCAGGACAAAGACGAACACAUGGACGAGGAGCAGAAGGAGAAGAUCAAUGAGCAGGGAGACGAGAGGGAGUUCGAUGAGAAUGAAGUGGAUCCUUACCACGGUCAGCAGGACAAGAGACCCGAGCCUGAAGCCAUGGAUCUGCCCGACGAUCUCAAUCUGGACCAGGAGGACGAGGCAGGAGACGACGGAGAGGGCGAGGGAGACGAAGAAAAUCCCUUUGACAUCAGUGAGAAAGCCAUGGAUCAGGACGAGAAGGAGAAUGGGCCAGAAGAUGGAGGAGAGGAGGAGGGAGGAGAGGAGACACAGGAGGAGGAGCAGCAGACAGACCAACCAGGAGAGGAGAAGGAACAGGAGCCCAAAACUGAAGAGGAGGAGGAGGAGGGAGGGGGAGAGAAAGCAGAGGCAGAGGAGGAGUCUCCUGAGAAUAAUGAAGAGGAGAAGGAGAAGAGCGGACAGGAAGCAGGAAAGGAUGAAGAUCUGACGGUUCGAAACGACAAAGGAGACAAACCAGAGGAUGAAGAGGGUGAGGAUGAGGAGCAGCCAGAGUCAGCUGACAGGAAGGAACAUGCCGCAGAAGGUCAGACGGGAGAGGAGAACGUCCAGAGUGAAACGGCUGUGGAGCUGGGAGGAGAGGCGUCAGAGAGAGACCAAGCUAAAGAGGAGCACGGCAGCGGCGCCGCUGACGCCAGCCAAGUGGAGGGUCACCAGUCAAAGCUGACGGCGAGGAUGGCUUCACAGACACGGACUCAGAGCAAGACUCAGAGCUUCAAGAGAAAACCUGGCCAAGCAGACAACGAGCGGUCGACGGGCGACUACAACGAGCGCGUGAACAAGCGCCUGCGCACGGUGGAGAGCAGCAAAGACAAGAGGGCGGAGAGCAGACAGAGCGACGCCCAGCAGGAGUCUGACCUGUACGAACACGUCAAACAGGGAGAGAAGGACUACGACGCACAGACGUAUGAUGUGGCCAGUGCAGACCAGCAGAAAGCAGCAGGGCCUCAGCAGCGGGACCAGGAAGAGGAUCAGAACGAUGAGGAUGUCGCCAUGGAAACGGAGGACCAGGAUGAAGAGCUCCACGCCGCCGAGGUGGACGAGCUGAAGCCUGAGCAGCUGGACGUGACUAAAGCCUCUCAGAAAGGUGUCGACAGUGGAGAGAUGGAGGUGCAGAAGCAGGGAGAGGAGGAGGACGACCAGGACAGAUGGAAGGAGCGACAGCGCACUAAAGAAGAAGAGCAAGCAGAGAGAAGCACAGAAUCUACAAUCCACACUGUCCCUGAGCUGCUGCUGCUGCAGGAAACCAUGCAGAAAAGCGAGAGAGACCCAGACGACAUUCGGAGGGAGAUGGAGCUGCAGCUGGAAGCUUGGCACAAACUGGCUCCAGGAACUCAGGAGGAGGAAAGAUCUGCAGCUUCCAUGUGGCAUCAGUAUCAGACUCUGACGUCGGCUCUGUCCCAGCAGCUGUGUGAGCAGCUCCGCCUCGUCCUGGAGCCCACGCAGGCCGCCAAACUCAAAGGCGAUUACCGCACAGGGAAGCGUCUGAACAUGAGGAAGGUGAUCCCUUACAUCGCCAGUCAGUUCCGCAAAGACAAGAUCUGGCUGAGGAGAACCAAGCCCAGCAAGAGAGAGUACCACAUCUGUCUGGCUGUGGACGACUCGUCCAGCAUGGUGGACAACCACUCCAAACAGCUGGCCUUUGAGUCUCUGUCAGUGAUCGUCAAUGCUCUCACUCUGCUGGAGGUCGGGCAGGUGUCUGUGUGCAGUUUCGGCGAGCAGGUGCAGCUGCUUCACCCGUUCCAGCAGCAGUUCAACGACGAGUCAGGAGCUCGGAUUCUGCGGCUGUGUCAGUUCCAGCAGAAGAAGACCAUGAUCGCACAGUUUUUGGAAACCUCGACCAAAAUGUUCCUGGGAGCGCGGCAGCAGAUUCCAGGAUCAAUGAACUCAGACACGGCCCAGCUUCUGGUCAUCGUCUCUGACGGCAGAGGUCUUUUCCUGGAGGGGAAGGAGCGAGUGAUGGCGGCCGUGCGUGCAGCACGCAGCGCCAACGUGUUUGUCAUCUUUGUGGUUCUGGACAACCCCAACUCCAGGGACUCCAUCCUCGACAUCAAGGUGCCCAUCUUCAAAGGACCAGGAGAACUCCCGGAGAUCCGCUCCUACAUGGAAGAGUUCCCCUUCCCCUUCUACGUCAUCCUGCGAGACGUCAACGCUCUGCCAGAGACGCUGAGCGACGCGCUCAGACAGUGGUUUGAACUCGUCACGGCAGCCGACCAGUAAAAAAAACACGAGGAGACACCGCGUCCACGUAACGGAAGAAGAGAGCAGCGGUUAACAGCACAAUGUCACUCUGUUGCUAAGCUUCCCAGACAGAACUGGAAAAAAAAAAUAAUGAUAAAAUGAUAAAUUUUGCAGCUGUACAUGUGCCUUUAUUUUCUUAUUUUUACUGUAGAUUUUAGUGGAGUUUAAAAGCAACCUUUGCUGUUUUAUCUUUGAUCAGGAGAAAUGUGGGUUUCUUUUGUAAGGGUUGCUUUGACUUGCACGUCUCCGAUGAAGUGAUAGAAACUAAAGAUGUGAUUUCAUUUCACCUCAGUGAAACGUGGUUAAAAUACCUCUCUGUCCGCCUUGUUAAAUAACCCCAGAAUCAUGCGUUUGUUUGUUUGUGUGGAUGUGAGUCAGUGCUGCAGAGAUCAACCAAUCACGACCUUAAAGUAGCAUGGAGGAAGUCAAAUGUGCCUUGGGGAGGAAAACGGAACUGCAGCUCUCUUCAUACCAGAAUCAGCUGUUGGUUGAUGAGUUCACAGCUCUGACACGCUUUAUUUAAGCCUCACAUUCAUGGACUUGGAAGCACACGACCAGUUUUAAAUAAAGGCCCCCAGUUAAACCAGUGUUCAUACUAGUAUUUAUCUGCUGCUGCGUGUGACUCCCAUCCACACUGUGUGACUCAUCCUCUGUCUGUUAGGUGUAUGUAGAUGUGUCAGUGUGUGUCGUACAUGUAAGCAGACACUGUCCAUAAUUUAACAGAUUCACAGCAUCCAUCACUGAUCGACCACAACAUGAAUGAUCGUGACAAUAAACUGUUUACAAGA